AUGGCAAAGUAUUUUGGUAUUGAUCGUGUAUUCACUUUCUUGAAAACCAUCAUGGAAGCAGGAGGUAUUAGAGCUUCCAUCUAUAAAAUCUACAGGAUGGAUAGCUUACGACCAGGAAAGCUUGUUGGUGUCGAUAAAUAUGGAAACAAAUAUUAUGAAAAUCCGAGCUAUUUUUAUGGUAGAAAUAGAUGGGUUGAAUAUGCUCCCUAUUAUGCAUUAGAAUAUGAUGGAAGUCAGGUACCAGCUGAAUGGUUUGGAUGGUUACAUUAUAAAACUGAUUUAAAACCAAAUGAAGACCCGUCUCGACCUAAGUAUAAAUGGAUGGUAGACCAUACAGAAAAUUUAAGUGGAACCCCAGGACAGUAUAUGCCUUAUUCCACCACGAGACCUAGGAUUGAAGCUUGGGUGCCGCCCAAAUAA